AUGGCGACGGCGACCCGGACGACUGUUACCCUGCGGAACAGCCGGCGCCGCCCGAAAUUCCACUCUCUUUUCACCCUCGCUGUCCCAUCUUUGCUACUCACCACUGCUACGGGUGCCGCCGCGAUCGCGACAACAAGCGAAAUCACACACUGCACCCCCGCCGAUUUUCUAUUCCCAACUCCGGGACUGAAGCUCGCCCACCGCGACACCAUCGACGUCGCCUACCGUUCUAAUCUCGACAGCCCUACCCUGUCGUGCUGGUGCGGCGCGCCCGCCCGUGCAAUCCUGAAGUUCCGAGACGACCAUGCUGGCCCCUUCAACGGGAGCACCCCUGUGAUCUUGAACUUCUCAUCCGACGGCGACCCCUGUUGGUUCGAACUCACCUCCAACGCCGGCGACUGCCGACAUAGCAGCGAACCUUUCUUCAUCCUGACUCCCGAAUCGCACGCUGUGGACGACGAUUCGGCAGCCUCGCCUGCGCAGGCCCCGAUUCGUGGCCCCUCAUCGUCCUCCACGACGACAACGUCCCCCCUCACCGCUCGCUCGCCCGCCGCCGUGGAUUCGCAAACACCUAGUUCCGGCGGGGAUAGCUUCAGCACCGGGGCCAAAGCGGCUUUGGGCAUUGGCGUCGCGCUCACCUGUAUUGCCGUUGGUGCCAUGGCAUCGUUUCUCUAUUUUCGGCGUCGGCGGCGUGGGGCAGAUGCGGAGUUGUCCGCAGGCGUGCUAGACGAAGAUCGUCGCGGAAGGAAACGCCCUGAACAGAAACGAGCUUCACCUUCUGAGACGUCGGGGCAGUCGGAGGAACCUCUUUGCCCGAUAGAGCCUGUGUUCGAUGGCUUUCCCGGCUCGACGGGCUACGAAGAUGUGCGCUCGCUACACUCGACCUCGCAAGCGCUCUCUACGCAUUCGACACAUUCCCAAUCACCUACUAACACACAGUCGCCUACACACUCGCAAGGCGGCAAUGUGUGGACAUAUGAGCGCAGCAUUGAGCGAGAAGAGCUCACCGCUGCGCGAUUAAAAUCACAGCUUCAACCCUCCGCGCCCACCGUCAUAUCCUACGGUCCAAACCCCGUCACGCCCACUCUCACGCCUCGCUUCACGCCACGCCUCACCGUUAAACCCGUCACGACACCCGUGACCCCCUCUAGCAACAGUGGUGACCAAAUACCGGGCCACGUCCCAAUGAUGCCGCUCCCAUCCUCCGACUACUCCGACUACAACAACUACAGCAUUCCACCCCCGGCACCCAUGCCCGUCCCCUCGCCCGACUCCAAACCCUCGCCACCCCACCAACAAUCCGCCAUUCCCAUCGUUGUCUCCUACGGCCCCAAUCGCGUAACACCCACCCCGCUCGUCGUCUCUCCCACUGUCCCACCAGACGAAUCAAUCGUCAAUCGCCGCUAUCACGACGCCGGCAACCCGCCUUCUUCCUCCGCUGUCUCCCACGAACGGCAGUUCUCCUGGGAAGCCGACUCCCCCUUACUCGGCGCCUCUUCCAUGGGCCCUCUCCCACCGUAUGCCACAACGGCAGACUUCGAGGCUAUGGAGAAGGGCGCCGUCCGCAAACUGGCCGAGCCACAGGCCCAAGCCGAACUACCGCCGACCAAGGACGGGUUCUAUCACUACACCUCAGACGUGGUCGAGUAUGAGCUACCCGGGGCCGGGGCCCAGCACGGGCCACAAUUGCCGUUCCGACCAUAUGGCGGGCAGCAUCAACAUCUCAACUCUCAGCAGUCGCAUCAGCAAGGACCGGGGCAAGGUCGCCAGCAACGGUCAGGGCCAGGGCAAGGGCAAGCUCCAGGAGGGAGGGAGAUCAAUGAACAGAAGGUCUUGCUGGAGGAUGUGGAAUUGAUGAAGCUGAUGGCUGAGAAGAAGAAGCGGCAAAAGGAAGGUGGAGUAGGAGGUGAGGGGAGUUCUGAGAAGAAACCCCGGAAUUGGGGGACUGGGGAAGAGGAGGAGUAUGAUUUGGGAGAAGGGACAGGGAGAUGA